AUGUUGAAGCUUGUGGUCAUAACCGCUCUAAUGUCUGUGGUAACAGAAGCCCAAGCUGGUUCCCUAUUGGGUAGAGCAUUGGGUUUCCAUCACGGUUUUCCGUUUCAAGGCCCUAAAAUAAUUUUGAGUGAUUUAGCUAAAAUCAGGCAAGCAGGAAGCCACCAGUACAGCAAUGGAGAAAAGGGUUUUGGGGAGAAGAAUGUGCACAAUUCAGGAAGACGAGAGUUUCACGAUAUUGGACAACAUCAUAGUAAAGUAACUCAGAUUACAACGUCUGAGAAUUCUGAAAGCCACAAUAUCGGAGGUUCUGAGGAGUUCAACAAUGGGGCUGUGUCAAGAGGAGCCUUCACGAGGCACAAUAAUGGUGCUAGCCGGUUCGGAAAUGACUUUUCCCGAGGAGCAAGUGCCUUGGCGACUGCUUAG